AUGAGUAACCUCGAGAAGGCCCUCUUCCAGCUCAAGUUUACAGCCAAGUCGCUGCAGCGCCAGGCCAAGAAGGCUAACAAGGACGAGACAGCCGAGAAGAACAAGCUCAAGGCGGCGCUCCAGAAGGGCAACACGGAGGGAGCGCGCAUCUAUGCCCAGAAUGCGAUCCGUAAGAAGACCGAGGGCCUGAACCUGCUGCGUCUGGCAUCGAGGAUCGAUGCGGUGGCGAGUCGUGUGGAGACGGCAGUGACGAUGCGCACGGUGACAAACAGCAUGGGCCAGGUCGUCAAGGGCAUGGACAAGGCGAUGGAGAGCAUGAACCUGGAGAGGAUAUCGCUCGUCAUGGACAAGUUUGAGUCGCAGUUCUCCGACCUGGACGUGCAGACCUCGUACAUGGAGUCGACCAUGUCGGACACCACGGCCCUCACCACGCCGCAGGACCAGGUGGACUCGCUCAUCAACCAGGUGGCCGACGAGGCCGGCCUCGAGAUCCAGCACGGUCUCGGCGAGGCCAAGGUCCCCUCUGAGCAGAUUGCCGUCACCCCGCAGACCGAGGCGCCCAUGGAGGAGGACGGCCGCUUGGCCGAGCGUCUCCGUGCUCUGAGGCCCGCCGUGUAA